GUCUUCUUGGUGUUUAUCGACGGUUGCGACAGAUUGGCUCUUCACUAACAGCAGUCGGUAAAGAAAAUGUCCUCGACGACACCGGUGGUUUGCAAUUAUCAAAAGCUGGCCGAAGACCAUGCGGAUGUUGGAAAUAGAAAAUGGAGCUUUGUUGCGUUCGUUCUGGGAUUUACAGCUUUCGCAGAAAUAUGUGUAACUUUCUGCUAUUUCUGCUACUUCAACGAUCAGAUUGAUAAGAUGCAGCAGAAAUUGAAUUAUCCAGGCCAAUGCCUCCAGUAUGUGAAAUCCUACAUUGAUGAUGCAGGGGAGCGUGAGGAGACCAAUGUGGAUCCAUUGUGUGAUAGCUGGCUCAAGAAUAUUGGGGUUCUAAUCAAUCAGCAUCUGAAAUCGGAAGCAAGGAAUUUGGUAUACAAUGAAUUGAAAGCGCACAAUGCAACAUUCUUGAGUCCUGACAAACCAGCUAUCCAUUUAAUUGCACAGCACAGAAGCGAGCAUCCACAUUAUGCCCCAAGUUACUUUGCUCAUGCAAGUGGACAUGAUAUACUCUACUGGAAAGACAUAAAAGGAUUUACGGUGCAUCAGGGUGCCAUGAAGUACCACGAUGGAGAAAUUAUCAUUCCCAAGGAUGGCAUCUACUACAUAUACUCCCAGGUUUAUUUUCAGCAUGUACGCAAACCAGACAGGGAGGAUCAACAUUACAAAUUCUUUCUCCAAUACCUUUACAGGAUGUCCACAUAUUAUAAUGAACCUAUUCUUUUAACUAAAGCUAUUUUCACCAAAUGUUGGUCAAAAAAAGCCAGUUUUGAUAUGUACACAAGUUUUCAAGGAGCCCUCUUUGAACUGCAGCAAGGAGACAAACUAUUCAUCAAAGUAACAAAUGCAAGUGCUGUGGUUAUUAAUGAGGGAUCAACCUAUUUUGGUGCUUUCAUGGUAUUUUAGAUAUUAUUAAAAUGUGUAACUGUAUUGACCUAUUCUGAAUAUCAUGCAGUUGGUAUUAAUUUUGAGUACUACAGUUCCUUUGGUUUCUGAUCUAACCCAAAAAAAAAUUUCAGUCUCAUAACCAUAAAAGAAAAAUUGUUAUUUUUUUUAGUCUUGCUAUUUAUAUGACUACAGUCACAUGCAGAAGGAAGUGUUAUGCUCAGAAUCCAUUUCACACACAUCUGUUUGAUGCUAUGGACUGAGACUACUGUUUGUUGUUAAUCAUGGAGAAAUUCUGAGUUUAUAAAUAAAACAGGUAGUAAUGCGUGUUGGAUGUACACUACAUUUCCUCUUUACACUCAUGAAGAGCUGUUACCUGCAGCUUUUGUUAACUUCUGUUUAAAUUAACAGGAUAUUAGUUUUGUUCCUGGUGCUGAAUCAGCAGCUCAUGACACAGAUAAACUUGCAGGUUUCAAACCUUGAUGUAGAAUUUCCUCUGCAGCUCUAAUGAUUCAUUCUUCAAUGGCUCCUUGUUGGUUUAGUGACCAUUUUGAUAAUGGGCCCACAGCAGCAAAAUUCAGUAUGUUGGAACCAAGGGCCUUUUCUUUCUGUGCCGUGUGUACCAGUGCAGAGCAAGUGAAAGACAAUGGGUAAGUCCCAUAAAUGUAUCAUGCUCCAAAAAGGAUCAAUCUUUGUAUGUGUGGCACAAAAAAGGCAGUGCUAUGCAUCCAAAUUUCUAGGCACUCUUAUUUGUCCAUUGAACCCACAACAAAGUUGAAGAUAACAGAAUAGGACUUGCAGUAAAAAUUGGGAUGGCAUUUAUCAGCUCAGGUGCUGUGGGUCAUUUUGCUUUACUCAGAAUCCAGAACAUAAUGGUUGUGGUUUGCCAUGUGAAGAACUUAAUAAUUGGCUUAAUCUCUGGGUGAGGUGCAAACAAACUUUUCCAUUUUUAGGAGGGAGAAACAAAUUCUGGCAAGACAUCUGCAAAUCCAACUUGUGUACUGAGCCUCACAUCAGAUGAGGCCAUCUGCUUAGCUCCUGACUGUCUUUGCUUAGGAAAAUGAAAGGUAAAUUUUUAGUUUCUUUAUCAAAUUUUACAGAUGGAGAAGUAACUUUCCCUUCCUACAACACAGGAGGAGGCUACUCAGCCCAUCAAGCCCGUGCUGGCUCUCAGAUCAAUCCUAUUUCCCUGUAACCCAUUUUCUCGAACAUGUCCAUCAAUUCCUCCAUGAUUCUCCACCACCUACCUAUGCAAUAGGUAAUUUUACUGUAGUCAAUGAAUCUACCAACCAGCAUAUCUUUGGGUUGUGAGAGGAAACUGGGGCAGCUGGAGGAAACGCACACAAUUACAGGGAAAACAUGCAAACUCCAAAUGGAGGCUCGGAUUAAACCCAAGGUCACUGGAGCCACGAGGCAGCAGCAUUACCUGUGCUGCGUCACCAUUGAUAUCAGUCUGUAUAAUGUUAAGCAAACCAGUGUAGAGCAGAAGUGGCUAUAUGAACUUAUCCGUGUUAAAAGCUCAUUCUGCCCUGAAAUGAAAUCUGAUGAAAUACAAAUAAUUAGUCUGAACAGAUACUCCUGGAAAAUAAUAUUAUCUUUGUAUCUGUGCAUUGGCACAGAGUUCUCAAAGUGGUUGCAGUCCAAAGGUCACCACAUACAGUUAACUCGGUCAAAAGCUGUACUGACUUUGAAAUAUAUUUCUCAAUUUGAGUGGAAAAAAUCUUUACUUAGCUGCCCUCUAAACAUUUUACCAAAUAAUUUAAAUUCAAAGACUUGUUUUAAAAAUUCCUCAGCUAAAGAAACUAGGCUCUUGAUUUUAACCCUUAUCAAGGCCUCUCAAUUAAGUCUCUGCUCAGCCUUCUCAGAUUAAAAAAAAACUUUAUAUCAUCUGCUUUUUCCUUAUAGUUACAGUUUCAUGGUCCUGUAAAUUUAAGUCUAAUUGCAUCCUCAUAAAUUUCCUCUGUACCACCUCCCAUCCAUUCACAAUUUUCUGAUAAUGUGACCAGAACUAUAUGCAGUGCAUAAGCUGUUAUCUAAUUAGCAUUUACAGUUAUCAUAACUGCCCUGGUCUUUUAUUCUAUGCUGAGACUAAUAAAGCCACCUCUUUUUUUAAUCACCUUAGUGAUCACUGCAGCUAUAUUUAAAAAAAACAUGGAUAUACUCUCCAUAGUGUUUGUCCCACCACACCAUUUAAAAUCCUUCUAUUUCUCAUGUUUUCUCUUGUUGCACUGGCCCAAAUGUAUUACUUCAUACUUCUCGGGAUUGAAUUCUAUUUUACGUUCUUCAUCCAACUAACUAGAUCAUCUAUACCUUUCUGUAGUCUAAAGUCUUCCUCCUCUCUGAACCACAUGAUCACCCUUUUCAUCAUCUCCAUGGGACAGUUUUUUUUCCUUUGUACUUCUGAUGUGCUCCAGGACAUUAUAUGCUAUAAUAGAAGGGUCUUUGCAAUAACUGUAAUCUUCAUGAGUUAGCAUGAGAUUUUAUUGUGUAGUUAAUUGUUAAAUCACAUAGCACCCAUUAAUUGCAAUAUUUAAAAAAUUAAAUUGGAUAUACCUUACAAUUUAAAGGUUAUUAAAGCAAACCUAUGCAACAUAACUUGUAUUUCUGAGGAAUUUACUUUAGAUUAUUUAAUUGAUUUAAAAUGCAGAAAAAUACAUUCACCACGGUAUAAAAAUAACUUUAUUGUUUUGUAAGUUCUAUUUUAAAUCCAAAAGUCUUUGAUUAAUGUUAUCGUAUGGAAAGACAGAUUUACAAACAGAACCCCAGGCAGAUAAAAUCUCCACCCUGUGGCCCUUGUUUGCAGUGUGUUUUGUUUUUAAAAGGCAGCAAUUUGUUAAGCAUGAAUUGAGAUGAUUGUUUUACUGUCCAUUCCUGGAAGGGGAACAGUGCCUUUAUAUUUUGUGCUUGGAUUUGUACACAAGUCCACAUAAAUAUCUUUAAAACAAAGUGGUAGACUUAAGCCCUUUGACAAUUUUGAGCAUGUCAUUGUAGCAAUAAAAUAAAAUAAAUAUUGUGCAUUUCAGUAAUAUGCACCUCGAUAGCAUGUAACAUACAACCACUCAAAUAUAAAUACUAUGCAUAAAGAUAAUUAUUGUGAAUCUUUUUUUAAACCAUCUCUUGUUAGAGAAUCAAUGAAUUAUGCAGAAUUC